UGUGGCUCACUGUGGGUCGAAGCUCGCGCGGAGACUGUCUACGUUUUGAAAUCUAAUCUUAGCAACCAAAAGGCGGCUAAAAAUAAAUCUAUAUUUCCUUAGCUUCCAGGUAGAUUUCCCUUUUUUGCAGAAACGUGCUCUUUCUGUGUAUCAAAACAUGGUGGAUUAAGACAUUUUGUUAACUACUUUCAAGAAAAACUGAAGCUAUUUUUUAAUUAUUAGUAUUUUUUUUACAAAUUCAAGGAAAUUUUAGAAUGGGUGACGAAACAGCUUCAAACAAUACUGCCUCUGCUCUUAAAGUGGACAAGAAAAAGAGAAAAGAUGAGAAAUAUCGAAAAAGAGAUCCAAAGUCUUGGGAGAAUGUCUUGAGAGCUACAGCUAACAUGAGUCCUGAAGAAAAACUACAGUAUUUAGAAAAUGCUUAUAAUGAACUCUAUAAUGAAAACAAAACUACAAGUGCCAAUUUGCUACUUAGGGAGAAACAAUAUGCACAGACUGUAAAGGAGCAUGAAAAAGAUAGGGCAGAACUUACUAAAAGUAUUUUAGCAAAAGGACAGCUAGAAAGUUUGUGUCGUGAGCUACAAAAACAAAACAAGCUUAUUAAAGAAGAAAAUGUAGCUCGAAUAAAGGAAGAGGAGGACCGAAGAAGAGAGGUGGCAAAUACUUUCACUGAGCGCCUUAAUGCUCUUACAAACCUUAUAACUGAAAGCAAAGAUAAAUCAAAUAAGGUCAAGGAAGAAAACCAAAAUAUGGCUGUUAAACUAUCUGAACUUUAUGAACAAUACCAGCAAAGAGAAACUCAUUUGGAAACUGUGACUAGGCAAUUAGAUUUACAGAAGAAACUAGCUGACACAAAAGCUAAGAAAGUUGAGAUUGAAUAUGAAGCUGAGCGUCAAACUUUCCAAGCUCAAAAAAAAGCUAUGGAAGUUCAGUUAGAACAAUACGAACGAGAAAUCAUUCUAAUUCAAGAGAAGAAUAAGGGACUUGAAGCACAAGUAGAGCUAUAUAAAAGUCAAUAUAGUGACUUUGAAACUACUAUGUCUAAAAGCAAUAAGGUUUUUGACACAUUUAAAGGAGAGAUGGCUAAAAUGAGUAAGCACGUCAGCAUAUUAGAAUCAGAGAGGAAUGAUUUGAAGAAGAAGUGGCAAUCCAGCGUUAACUCAUUAUUGGCUCUCUCUGAACAACAUAUGGCUAUGGCCAAGGAACAAAAUGCACUAGAAAAAAAAAUCCAAAUGCUGGAAAAGCUUUGCAGGCAACUUCAGGAUGAUAGAACUGCCUUCUGGAAGCAACUAAAGGAUAACAGCAUUGAGCCUAUUAUACCUUCUAGCAUUAAAGAAGCUCUUAAACAGGAAACUGAUGAAUCUAAAAGUCAUGAAGCGUCCACUGUUCUAGACUCAAAUAACUUGCCAUUGACUGUUUUAUCUGCUGAGUUAAAAGGUGAUACAUCUGAACUUGUUCAAAAGGAGAUGGUAAAGGUUUCACUAAACCAAAAUGGGGAUCAAUCUUCCAGUGAUAAAAAACCAAAGAAAGAACCGUUGAGUGUUGAAGUUAAAAGUGACAGCCGCUCUAAAUGUCCAACAAAGGGAUGUAAUGAAUCGCUGGUUUGCCCUUUAACCUCUAAAGCUGGCAAUCAUGACAUAGCCAAUAAAACUGAGGACAAAGAGUGCAAUUUAAAAAAUGGAAAUAAACCAUUGAACGAAGAAACUGAUGCUAAAAGCUCCAUUAAAGAACCUCUUGCUAGCUCUCCCUAGAACAAUACCAUUGUUUUGACAAAAGCGCCACUGAAAACAACUGAGGCAACAGUCACAAAGAAACAACAAAGGAAUAAAAGUUAUUUCGAUUUGUUUUUAAUUUAAAUAAUUUGUCGAAUAAUUGUUUUUGCUGGUUAUGUUUUUCUAUAAUAAUAGAUUUUCUUUUGGUAAUUCCUUUUUUGAUGACACUAAAGUAUUUAUAUUUUUAAUUUGUAUAAACCGACAAGGUUCGCCGGUUAUUAUAAAAAGCAUAGGCUCAAAAACGAUGUGGUGUAUAAGUUCUUUCACAAUAAUUAUUUCAGCUUUAGUUGAGUUCCUGAUGUUUUUUUAGAAUUUUUGAGUGAUUUUUAUAUCACCUAAGUUUAUUUGUUUAAUACGUUCAUGUGAUAUACUAUACGUAUUUCAAUAAACUGAUCGUGUUUUGACAAAA